AUGGCUAUUUCAGCGCUACCAUUAAUAAUAGUAAUUCUGACGUCCGUGUGGUCAGUAGAAGGUCGAGGCAAGAUGAUGGAACCUGUUCAGAGAUCAAGUUUGUGGCGGAAAGGAUACGAUACACCACAAAAUAUGGAGGACAGUGGCCUGAACUGCGGAGGGUACUGGUACCAAUGGCAGAUCAACAGAGGGCGCUGUGGUGUUUGUGGAGAUCCUGCAGACAUCAAUCCGAAACCAAAUGAAGACAAAAAUCAUUUCGCUAGAGGAAUUAAAGUACAGAGAUAUUCAACUAGUGAUGAAUUUAUUGACGUCACUAUCGAAAUUAAGAAAAACAUGUUGGGAUAUUUUGAAUUUCGACUUUGCCCGGAUGUAAGUGAAACAAGGCCAGUAACUCAGAAAUGUCUUGAUCAACAUGUGCUAGACAUCAACGGUCACGGGAAACGAUACCAUCCGGACAAGGAAGGCAAUAUAUAUCUGAAACUGAAUAUGCCCAAAGACGUCACGUGUGAACACUGUGUUCUGCAGUGGAAAUGGCAUACUGCCAUGAACUGGGGGAUCUGUCCAGACCAGAGCAGCGGACUCGGAUGUGGGGAUCAAGAGGAAUUUUAUAACUGUGCAGACAUCAGUAUCACUUCCGGUUCACCGAGUGUUGGGACAAAUAUGGAGCCUGAUCCUUCGCAGUAUGUACUUCCGAGUCAGCAUACUGACGUAAAUGCUGAGAAAAGUGUAGACAAGCAAUUUGAUGUUAAUGUUAAUACCGGCGUCAACACAGAAGUUAACAAUAUCAAAACCCAAUCUGAUAUUAUCUCAAAUUUGGAAACUAAAGCAAGUAUUGCUGACCAACUGCCAGUUACAACAAUUAAACCCCAAACUAUAGCUACAGAAAUACAAAAACAGGUGGAAUUUGAAAGCAAUCCCACUGUAAAGGUGUCUGGAGCUCCGAAACCAACUGUUUUUACAGGAACCUACUCGACUGUUGGGAACAUGGAAAGUCAGUCUAUAGAAGGAAAACUUGUGAAUCUGCCAGUGAAUACCGAGGGAGGAACUACAAAAUCUGUCACAAAGUCAGAGCCCGCUAAAAAGACAACAUCUACAGACUAUAUUACAGUGACUGGGCCUACAUCGACAGAAUCGACUUCUACCGGGAGUGUCAUUCCAAUUUUCGAAUUCAAUGACAAGAUAUCUACAGAUCAGAUGGCGAAUAGGAUGGCAAACUCCCAGAUACAAAUACAGCAUGACCCCUCUUUUAAUAUAGAUACCGCUGCUCCUGUAAAUAUAAAAGUAGAUCCGGAUAUGAAGGCCAAGGCGUCCGCUAACAUUAUCCAACUACCAUUUGUUGGCGAUACAUCUCGAACUGCUGAACAGAACAGCCAAACAGAAAGCGGCGCGGAUACCGCGACUGCACUAGGACGCACAGUAAGAAGUGUUAUACAAGGAACAACUGCCAGCAGUCGAUCACCUUCAGGAGGGAGCUGGACAACGCUUAUAGACACUGAUAUGUUAAACCAGGGUAGAUCAUCUGGACUGAACAGCAAGACGCAGCUUCCUGGUGGUACUAUGAUGCCUGGUGAGCAGGCUUUCAGUGUAGGAAUGCCAUCUAGUUACAAUAAAGAAUCGGGACGAGUGGGGAGUACAUCACUUUGGCAAGGAGCCAUGUCUACAAAUGAAGGAGAAGUCGGAGGUGUAUCGCUCUCGUCAACGUCGCGUCUUGCUAUGGUUAAAAACUCCAGAGUUAACCCAUUAGCCAAGCAAGUAGUAGACACAAAUUUAAACAACCAAUAUAACCCUAACUUGUCAGCCGGAUUCACGGUAAACUCUCCUGCUAUCAAACGGACAACAUCUUCACAAAAACUCAGAGAAGCUUUCGGCGACUUAGGGAAACCAAGAGGUUCAAAUGUUGGGAGCCAGGCAGGCAGACAUAACAUGGGAAGAAAUGCAUUCCUUACACCAACAAAAAAUGAAAACACAGCUAAUAGAAUGACUGGACAAGCUAAUUAUAAUGCUGGUUCUAACGUGGGAUCGCAACGACAAGGACGUAUGGGUAUGCAAAAUAAUCGAGGCCGUACUUUGUCAGGUUUUUCGACCCCUAAAAUGAGAGCUGACGGAUCCUUCAUGCUGGAAACUAUCCCGUCCAACACCGUCAUUGACGCCGUCGCUGGAAACACACUAUCUGCUCAGGGAACCUUAGCAUCUGCUCGUUACCUUGAACGGGCCCGUCAAGCCGAGCAGUACACCCCUCCUCCACCGACUACUCCUCGACCAGGCGUACUUGCGACCAAGCUUCUGACACGCCACCCUGGUCUUAAUAGAAAUAAUCAGUUCGGUACGUUAUUGGCGUCUGCUGUCAUUGUUGAUCCAGAACCAGAAACAACUAUUCCCCCGCCAACGACUACAACCACUGAAGCGACAACCACAACUACGCCUACAACCACUACUACGACUCCGCCUCCUACAACUACCACCACCGAACCUACCACAACUACAACAGAACCCACCACUACAACUACUACUAUACCCACCACCACCCAGCCAACCACGACGGUCGAACCAAACCUUAGUUUACGUGAAGGAAUGGGACUUCCAGAUGGUUUUGUAGUCUUUAGCCCUACUGAUGCAUCAACUGCUAAGAUAGAGACAACGACAACCCAAGCUACACCUACUUCCACGGAAUCAUCAGACGUAGUAGCUGCAGAUAAUGCAGAGGUCGAUCUCGGGGGAAUACUGAAAGAAAUAAUGGCUAUGGCAAACCGUGUAUCUGCCUUGGCAAAGAGCACACAGCAAUCUGGAGCUGAUGCUCUUGCACAAAACAUCAAAUCGAUGGCGGAAACAGCAGUUCAGACCAAUAUUAAAAUGAACCAAGAUAACGUUAAUGUAAUGGAAACUACAACACAGGGCUUUGUUAAUAACGUUGAUGUCGUUACAGCAGAAUCUUCGGUAGCAACACAGACGAAGACUAAUGGUCUAAUCACAAACAAAUCGAGUGUACUAAGUAAUAACUCUCCAACAGUACAAAAAUCUACCGAGGCUGCAUCAGUUGUUACGGAACCCACAGUUACAGAACCUAGAGUCAUAGCAACGGAACCGACAACUGUUGUCACGGAACCUCCAGUUACAGUAACUGAACCCGCAGUCAUAGUAACAGAACCCAAAGUUCUCUCAACAACAACAACUACAACAACGACUUCUAGACCCCCUCUCCAUAUAACAACACCAUACAUGCCAUUCACAACUGGAGUAGACACGUUUUUCAACCAGCAAACAACUGUAAACCCGUGGAACACGUUCGACCAGGGCGCGCAGAAUCAAUAUGCAGUGGAUGGUCUUAACACUGGCACCGACGCUUCCGGUACGAAUCCACAGGUCGUGCAAAUGAAUGCCCAAGCAGGAGUUCCCUCUGGAUUUGAUGCUGGAUACAACAACCCUGACUCCAAUUCUGUCUCUGGGCAGUCAGCGGGAUUGACUGGAAUGACCAAUCCCGCUUCCAUGAUGAAUGCACUGACAUCUAUGCAGAGUGGGGGAGCUGGGAAUACCAACGUCCUUCUCGCAAAUAUGUUCAGGAUUCUGUCUGAUCUCAUGACUCAAACAAAUGCGCAAGCAGUAAACAUGGACAAUUCCGUUCAAGCUGCAGUCCCGUCGGACGCACAAUCCCAGUUUGCUAAACCCUCACAGCCGGGCUUGAUAAACGUUGCAGACAAUCAGACACCAACAGAAUCACAACCGAUCGUUGUAGUUCCUAGCACUGUGAGUGUAGAUAUGUCGCAAUAUGCUACAGGUCAGAGCGAUCAAGGUGUCAGAACUGUUAGUGAUGCCACAGGCGGUUUUAAACAAACCUCACCAUCGACAACUGUACCAGUAACAACUACAACUAAAAAGGCUACAACAACGUCCACAACAACCACUCCGUCUACAACUACAACUACAACUCCAACCACCACUACAACAACUCCAACUACCACUACAACUCCAACCACCACUACAACUACAGCUCCAACUACCACUACUACAACUUCAACUACCACUACAACAACCCCAACUACCACUACUACAACUCCAACUACCACUACUACAACUCCAACUACCACUACAACAACUCCAACUACCACUACAACACCGACCACUACUACAACAACUCCAACAACAACUACUACCACACCAACAACAACAACACUUCCUACUACCAUAACAACAACUCCUGAACCAACGACGCCAACCACUACUCCCACACCCGUUACCGAUGCUUAUUUUAUCGGAUUGAGCGCGGGAAGUCUAUCAAAUGCUGCUAUUAUGAAUAGAGUGCCGGCUAACAGACCUACAAAUGUUGUCUGGAAUCCAACGACACCAGCAGGAAACCAGUGGGGUAACACAGGUAUGACACAAAUGACCAGAAACCAAUGGGGGAACUCGGUAACAGGAACAACCCCGGGAACAACCCCGGGUACUAACAAAAUGAACCAGUGGGGAAAUGCAGGUACAACAGUUAAAGAAAGAACUACUUGGGUAGACACAACAACAUCUGCACCAACACAAACACCAACGAUGCAGACCACAUGGUUUAAUGAGCCGACCACCCCUGUCACUGCCACACCUCCGACGACUGUUCCUCCAGCCACAUCCAUCAAUACAACACCUGUUGAUACAUGGAAUCCACAAACCAAUCCUGCCACCACGCCUUCCAUUCCUGUUGACAGAUCGGUUCCAUCACAUGCCACCACUAUUGCCACAACUUGGGACGCUGUUCUUCCAACUGGAAAUCCUACCGAUACCACAAAUGCUGCUUCACAAACACCGUCAUCCACAUGGAAUUCUGGUGGACUAAUUAAUGGACUUGCAGCCGGUAACACCGAAUUGACAUCUGGACCUUUUGGAAACUUGUUUGGCACCACACAAGCACCAACUCCUCCACCAACUACACUUGCACCGGUAUCGACCACGCCUCUUGUUCUGAUUGAUGUUAAUGACCUCAGUCCACGCUCAGUCGACCCAGUAACACGAAAUGUGAUGCUAAGGUUAAUCCGGUCAAUGGCGACAACUAGUCAGGAACUGUAUACUAUUCUGUACGCAACUGGCCCUGACUUCCUUAGUUCACUUGGCAUCAACCCUCAACAGCUCAAAGGCUCAGUUAAUGUGGCUUUAUUAAAUAUUUUACCUGAACUACGCGUUGUCCUUGGACUCCCUCCACCGCCACCAAGACGAGCAAGACCACCAUCAUCUACUGGCACAGGAUCAAGGUUAUCCAAUGCACCCGGUGCUACAUCGACAGGUAUAGGCAAACCGACAAGUCUGCCAGGAACGGCUGCCCGUCCUAGAGCACCACCAGCCGAUCCUAUCGCUAUGGCAGUACAGAGUGCAAUGACCAAUCAAAUCCUUCAGAUGUUAGGGUUAGUGCCCGAGCCCCCAGAUGUUCCAGCGGGAGGUAGAAGGCGUGGAAGACGCCCGGGUAUGUAUAACAGGCGAUUUGGUCCCUCUGGCAUGCCCGUGCCAACGGUCGAACCAGCCGAUGUACCGCCGAGUGGGGCUGGUUUUGGUGCAAGUCCUACAUACCCAGGACAGUAUCCUUAUGGCCAGCGUGGAAUGGGCCCACAAUCACCGGCAAACAUGGACCAAAUGUGGAAUAUGGCGAUGUCUGGAGGUUCUCCGGGAGCAAUGGGUGGAGGAAUGGGCGGGCACAGACCCGUUUAUGAUCCUUUAGAUCCUCCAGAUAUCAUUCCACCAGGCGCCGUUCCUAUUGGUUCUCCAAUGGCACGUGGUAUGGGUGGACGGCGAGGACCUCCACCGGGAGGUAUAGGUCAGAUGAAUGCUCAACAGACCCAACAGGUUAUGGAAAUGUUAGGACUCUAA